AUGGAUGCUACCGAAGACUUCAGCCCAUACCGUCCUGAUGGCAAGCUUUACGGCUUUGUUUGUGUCGUCACGGGUACUUCGCAGCCUGUCGGUAAGGCCAUCGUCCAGGAGCUGGCAACCCACGGGGCGGCUGCGAUAUAUGCCUGUGACCAAGUUACAGCCCUAGACGCGGACAAGGACUUUGUUGAUGCCCUGUCCAAGGACCACCCCCACACAAAGGUCAUCCCCUAUCCCUUCAACAUCGCCAAGGAGGAGGACACGGUCGUGCUCAUCGACGAGGUCCUCCACGCCUUUGGCCGCCUAGACGUUUGGGUCUGCUCGUCCGGCCUGCUCGGCCCGCCCUCGAUCCACGAUACCACCCCGUCCGAUCUCCAGAGGUGCUUUGAGGCGCACUCGAUGGCGCCUUUCUUUGCGCUGAAGUACGCGCCCCCGGCCAUGGCCAAACUAACUAAGAAGCUGCUGUACCCUAAUGCUGCGCCAAAGUCGCAGAAAUAUGGCAGUAUUAUCGUCAUCAGCAGUGUGGCAUCUACCUACGGGGGCUGUUGGGGUCCUAGCUACACGAUGGCCACCCAUGCGGCUCUGGGGGUCGUCAGAGCCGGGGUUGCUGUGCUAAAGGGCAGUGGCGUGAGAAUAAAUUGCAUUUCUCCUGGCCAAGUCGAUGUGGGCGUUGACCUGAACGGGACGGACAUGAGAGGCCUCACGGCGCAGUUCCCACCGGCAUCAUUACAGACACCCGAGGCCCAGAAGCAGACGAUCCCGCUCGAGCGUGCUGGACAACCAAAGGAGGUCGCAAGAGUCGUUGGGUUCCUCGCCUGUGGAUUCUCGUCCUACGUCAAUGGGGCAAAUAUGGUGGUAGACGGAGGUGCAAGUGUAAUGAACCCCAUGACCAUCCCAAUCUGA